AUGUUCCGGUUCUUCACCUUCCACAAACCUAAGCAGGUUGGCGCGGGUGAGACGGACUCAGAGUGCGAGACGAUGCGCCACGGCGGGGCACAGCGAGACGGAGCCGAUACGCGCCAUGAGAGCGCGCAGCACAGGCGGCCGCGGGCUGACCCGCGAAACACGUCUUUUGUGGAGCUCAGCGAUAGCUCGGACAGCGACUGUGAGGACAUGCUGCUCGUGUGCGGCGGUGUGGGACGGGCGGGGCCGGCUGGCGGCCGGGGGCCCGUGCCCGGGGCAAAAAACACACCGGCGGCUACGGGGAGCGCGGCGGCGCGUGCGGGGUGGCCGAUGAGAGGGCGGGCUGCAGGGCCGGGCGGGCGUGCACGGGGCGGGCGGGCCGCGCGGCCCGUGCCGCUGGCGGAGCCGCCGGCCGUGGCGCUGCCGAGCGGGCGGCGCGGGAUGCCGGAGCGAAGCCUGGUGGCGUCGACGCAGCGGUGGGUGCGCGAGGCUGCGGCGCGGAGCGCGACGCAGCACGUGACUUCGGAAGAGGCCGCGCACGGCGCGGCGGACUCGACAGGGUGCGCGGGCGACCCCGGGGCUGAUGCUGCAGCAGAGGAAUUCCGGCUGGCGCGGCCGUCGACGCCGGUGCAUGUCAUCUACCGGCGCGAGCGCCGGCUGCGCAUACCAAUAUACAAGUCGGCACAUGGCCAGGCGAACGCUGACGCGGCGGGUGAUUCCGGACGGCGGUCCUCGGAGUGCAUGACGUCGUGCACGAAAAGCGUGCCCGCGCUGGUGUCGACGCCGGUUUCGCGCGACCUGUGGCAGGGUGUGCGUUCUGCCGACCGUUGCCGGGACGUGGGCGUGCAGCGCACGCCGCCGCGCAGCGGGCGGGCGGACAGGCGUACCAGGCGGCUAGGCCUUUUCGCAAGCACACCGCGAGCGAUAGCACGGGUCACGUACGACUUCCCGGAAGAGAUCGAUACUCCGACCAGGUCGCGGUCGGCGUCUGCAAAGCCGCUGGAUUUAGGUCUGGACCGCCGCAAGUCGUCGGCCGCUAUCUGUGCCGACGCUCCACUGGGGAUACCAAUAUUACAACUAGAUGGCCUGAAAGCCAAGGCUGGCUUGCUGGAGGAACCACCUGCUACGCGAGAAAUUAGCCCCGCUGGUGUGGCUUCCAUAGCGAGCUCUCCUGCAUCUAGCCUGAGGGAACAGGCGCGGGAGGACGUCAUCCAAAUGUUCUCUUCCCCUGUGAAACGACACGCUUCUAAUUGCUGGCCUCGGGGGCAGGGCCACGUUUCAUAUGAGGGCGACUCGUAUGGAAUGUAUUCUACUCCGAAGCGCAAACGUACCAGUGACACAGCAUUCGUGCCAGGAGUUCCUGCACAAGACUGGGGCGGGAAAACAUUAACUAUAGCAGAAAAAUUGUACUCCAACCGUGAAAAUCACGCAGUCGACGGGUUAAAUAAGAGGCCGAUCUCGGAGGGGACGAAAGGUUUGCCUAUUCGCCACAAUGCCUCUGUGGCAUCCCCGCUGAAGGUAUCAACCACUAAGGUUUUACCUUCCACAGAGAUUGCAGUAUCUGCUCGUCUAUCUGAGUCUUCGAAGACACCCCGAAAAAUCGCCACUUCUGGCCAGAACAGCGAACUGGAUACCAAUCAGGGCAAGACUGUCGCGAUAUCCAAGCGACACCCGCGAGCUCGGAAAGAAACACUUCUUGCAAAGGAUGGGCGGGCUGGUUUCUUGCUGCGUCCGCAACUGUCUCCUUCCAGAGAGAGACGGAUGUGGCUAAAAUAUCGGGAAGUUCCUGAGUCAUCGUUACCUAGCCUUGACUUACACAUAACCAACAACGUUGCAACGUCGACACAGAAUACUGCUAUAGAGCAAAGCCCACGUAAGAAACCGAAGCUUUCCUCACAUGCGGAUGAAGAUGAUACAGACCUUUCCUUCAGCUCAGAUUUUGAGUAUUUGUUGGAGCAUUCUUCAAAGAACAAAACAAAUCAUCAGACGGUGAGUCAAUCAACUCCGUACAUUGCCGAGGGGCUAACUCCUGGUGGUCUGAAAGCAGAGAAGGAGAAUACAAGAUAUGUCUCACCACGCAAAGAUGUACAUGUCAAAAUGGAGUGCGAUGGAAAGAACCCUAAUGCUACUCUUUUAGAAGACGAAUGCUCUUUCAGAGAACAUGAUGCCAUAACCAGAGAUACAAAUUCACAUCUUUCCGUCCGCGAAUUCAACACGGAAUUAUACCAGCAUAUGGAUCAGGAUCUGCCAGUGGACACAGAUGGCCCAGGCAAUAAUUCGCACGACGCCCCUCGCCACAUACGCGCUUCAACGGUAGAGACUUCUCCUCCGCCAUUAUCGUUUCCGGAAGAAACCCUCAAUAUGCUGAAUGCUGGGCCUAGACCCAACUUUUCAAGUUGGCCUGCUACAAAAGACUUUACUGGUAGCCUACGGGCGGCGGGGGAAUACACUGCCACAUCUGUGCGCAUACAUAGCAAGGCAGUUACACAUGAUCUGAAAGAAGCGCCAAUUGUCCAAGCUUUGAAGAUUUUGCCGCAGGAACUGAUUCGAGAAUACACGCGUUUUUGUCAACAGUUAGUCGUUGAGCGGAAAAUUGAUACACUGGUUUUUGCACUACGGAAAUUAGAGCAGGUUGCGAAGAGGUAUUCCGAAAAUGAGAACACUACGUUUCCAUCAGAUACACACUGCACCUCUUAUUCACAGGAUUACGUUACAAUUAGGGCGAUACUAGAACAGCAUAUGCAGGAUGCACGUGCCGCGCUAGUCGAGAUGGGGGCCAGAGAGAAUACAACCUCUACAACUUCCGAAAAGGUUGAAGAUACAUAUUACCUGGAUAUAUUAGGCAAAUUUUACGAGGUAUUGGGGGAAGAUCAAGCUUCGAAUGAAUGCCCUGCCGCGAGUAAACAUAAAAAGGUUACGAGUAAAGUUUGCCUGCGGCCAAGACUCAUUCCACUUAAAAGAGGUGAUCGUCUUCCUUCGAGUCUUGAUGGACGACAACUGUCUGCUCUUCUCUCGCGUGGGGCUUAUGCGGGAAAUCCGAAAGAGAACACGAGCAAAUACACGCACCAGCACCAAUAUUCUCUGGCAAUAGGUGAUGCGCGUUCAGCCGUUUCUCCAGCCGCACACGAGCAAAUACCAGCCAAGAAAGUACGUAAAUUGGGACGAGAACAAAUUCUUCCUCUUAGCGUUUUGGCAGGAAAGCUGGAUGAUGUGUUGGAGGAAAGCCUUCAAAUUAAGUUUCACAUGCUGCAGAAACUUGACAAAAAAGGGGUGAUCUCAAUCAUUCAGGAAGGUAUAUGCGGUCAUACUGCACUUGGCAUGGAUCCAUUAGUAUCUGUGAGCAACAAUAUAUGCAGUGCGCACAACUAUGAUUCCAGCGCUGUUGUCUUCUUUCAGAACACAUCAUCUGUUCAGAUAUUGCCUUUAGGUUUUCCAGAGCACGCCCUGCCCGUUGGUGAUAAUUCGCGUGGCUCUCUUUUUUCUGCCGAUGAUAACCGCCAUAGCACUGAAUGCGCUGGUUACCAAGCAACUUACGGAACGCAGGAAGCUCUCAUUACUGAAAUAGACGAUGACGCUUUCGAUUUUAGAGAAAUUGACGUGCCCAACUGCGAAAUCGUUCUCGAGCGUUGCUCACACAACAAGACAUUGUCAGAUCUCUUUGAGACGGGCUUCCAAACUUUGGGAGCUGAGAUAGUCACAAAUCCAGAGUGGAAGAAAGAAACCAGUCAACCAUGCAUUCAAUUUUAUAAUGGCACGCAGUUGCACUUGAUGACAUACAAGAUGGCUCUGCAACGGAUACCGUCACUAAAAUUAGACCCAAGCGUUCUCCUACUUCUGGAUGCAUGCAAUUGCAAGGGAGAGGCGCCCUUGAUCGAAGACGCACCGGAAAAGCAGUCCACGACUGCACAACCCACACUGGCCUCCGAACCCACCCUCCAACCACCUGCAAUGCUUCCGGCUACCGUGAAUUCCGAAAAACCGCUCAAUCACACGGCGGAACCAGGCCCAGAACCUGUCGUCCCGGAUAUAAACACUUUACAGUCAUAUAUCCAGACAUGUACAGCGUGGGUUGAUCCCUUCCACCGCUGUGUCCUGCCUGAGCUUGCCGUAGAGGCCAUGACAGUUCUGCGAACUGUAGGCGCCGUAAUAGAGUACGACAACUCGGCACUGCAUUCAGCUAGCAACACCAAUGACGGGAUAAUUGUGCGUUCCCCGGAUAAAGAAGAGGUAUGGACCUACCGUGACGCGUACGAAUACCUGAAGCGGUUCCCAAUAGACCUGGACACAUACUACAGUCUACUUCUCCAAUACGAGUCUGGAGUUCCCGAGGCCUCACCUGUGACGGAUAAUAACAAGCCGGACGAGGCUGCCGCCUGCAACCGUUUGCCACCUGGUCAAGACACGGCAAAGAUGAGCGCCAUGGUCGCGGCGCUUUCUUCAGAGGUCAUCGCCGACCAGCUUCAACUUGCAUCUGUCAAAGGUCAGCUGUUGUUUGCGCAGCAGCAGCUCGCGGCUAAGGAUAAACAAAUUAAACUCCUCCUUGCAAAGCUCGAGGAGGAAAUGGACAGUAAUCGAAAAAAGGAUGAAUUAAUUAUCAAAUUGAAAGGUAAAUAA